AUGCGCCUCUCUCAAUUUUCCCUCCUAGGCCUCCUGGUCACGGCAUCAGCGCAAGAGGAGCUUAAUCUCUGGAACUACGGAGCGACAGGAAACAUCCUCGGAAACACAUUUGGCAUUCCCGGAACAAAUGCGACUUUCGACUAUAUCGUGGUCGGCGGUGGGAACGCCGGCUCGACCAUCGCCAGCCGACUCGCAGAGAACAAAUCGGUUAGCGUCGCGGUCGUCGAGGCUGGUGGCUUUUACGAGAUCGAUAAUGGCAAUUACUCUGUUGUCCCCGGGUACUCGUCGCAGUUUACCGGAUCCAAGCCCAACGCGUAUAACCCGCUUAUCGACUGGGGAUUCAGUACGGAAUCACAGCAAGCUUUGGGUGGCCGGAAGCUUCACUAUGCCCGUGGGAAGACACUGGGAGGAUGCUCGGCUAGGAAUUUCAUGCUUUAUCACCGGCCUACGGUCGACAGUAUGCAGCGGUGGGCGGAUGAGGUGGAUGACCAGAGCUAUGCGUUCGACAAUCUGCUCCCAUACUACAAGAAAUCUUGUCAUUAUACGCCUCCAAAUCAGGGGCUCUACACCAACUCCACGAACAAUCAGACGGCAGAUGCGUUUAGUUCCUCCGGAGGACCGCUGGAGGUCUCGUUCAGCAAUGCCGUCGACGCAUUCGGUACCUGGGCCCGCAAGGCCUUCAUCACAGCGGGCAUGGGCCAAAUCAACGGUCUCAACAGCGGCAGGCUUCUAGGCUCUGCGUAUGCAACCUUCACCAUCAACCCCAAGAACGCGCACCGCUCGACCUCUGAAUCCAGCUUCCUCAAGCAAUCCCUCAACAACGGCUCCGGCCUGGUAGUGUACAAAAACACCCUGGCCCAGAAGAUCCUAUUCGACUCGAACAAAACCGCAACAGGAGUCCAAAUCGCAACAGGAGGCACAUUCGGCACACCACCCAUCAACUUCUCCCUCAACGCUCGCAACGAAGUCAUCCUCUCCGCGGGUGCCCUGCAAUCACCUCAACUCCUCAUGGUCUCCGGGAUCGGUCCCUGCGACCACCUUUCCAAGUUUGGAAUCCCCUGCCUCUCCAACCUCCCAGGCGUCGGCCAGAACAUGCUCGACCACCCAGUCUUCGGGACCGCGCACCGCGUCAACGUCCUCACAAACUCCGCAUCCGCAAACAACAAGACCCUCGCCGCCGAAAACGCAAACAAAUACCUCCACCACGCCACAGGCCCCCUCUCCAUCUUCGGCCCAGGCUACUACGGCUGGGAAAAGCUCCCAGACCCCUACCGCUCGAAGCUCUCCAACGCAUCCAUCACCGCCCUGGCAAACUUCCCCCCCGACUGGCCCGAACUCGAAUAUCUCCCCGUCGCCGCCUUCAACGGCGAUAACCAAGUCAAGCAACCAGCCGACCCGCUCGACGGCCACAACUACGCAACCCUGAACAUCGCCCUCGUUGCGCCUCUCUCCCGCGGCACAGUCUCCCUCUCUGGUCCCGACAUGACAACACCGCCCCUCGUCGACCCGAACUGGCUCUCCCACCCAGCAGACAUGGAUCUAGCCGUGCAAUCGUUCAAACGCACGCGGGAGAUCUGGUCCAUUUUAUCGAAAAUGGGCAUAGCGGAUCCAGUCGAGUACUACCCCGGCGCGAAUGUAACCAGCGAUGCGCAGAUACGGGAGUUUGUUAAGGAGAGUAUGCGGCCUGUGUUCCACGCGGCUUGUACGUGUAAGAUGGGAAAGAAGGGAGAUGGGAUGGCGGUUGUGGAUAGUUCUGCCCGCGUGUAUGGGGUGCAGGGGGUGAGGGUUGUUGAUGCUAGUAGUUUUCCGUUGCUACCGCCGGGACAUCCACAGUCGACGGUUUAUGCGUUGGCGGAGAAGAUUGCGGAUGCUAUUUUGGGAUCGACUUUGUGGUAG